GGUGGAAACAUUAUGCGUCUGUGGGACGCCCAGAACAACAGCCCCGCUUUUCCGAAAAGAACCAGAACGGAGUUUAAGAGCAACUGAGGAGAACAGAAAAUGCAGAGUGGGCUCAGUUAAAGGCUGGAGACAGAAAAAGGAGCAUAUUUUUUGAUCAUCUCUGAUAUCUGGAGCCAUCACAUCAACCUGGCUAUGCCAUGCUCGCCCAGAGGAACGGGCUCCCUCCUGGCUGUAAGGAAGCUCCCCUCAAGGACCCCUCUGACUUGUGGGAUGUGGAUGUCAGCGCUGAAGGCUGCUGUUCCUUCUCCUCCUCCCUGUCAUCCGGAGGUUGUCCCUGGGCUCGGCUGGCCGGUAUGGAUGGCUGCUUGUCAGAGCCGUACUGCUUGUGGUUUCAGCUCCUAGCCAGAGCUUACUGCGGUGAGGUGGAGCUGGGGAUCAACAGCACCAACCGCAACGUGUCCUGGGCUCGCCUUCGGGAAGCUUCUAGGAAAAGCUUCUUCCGAUCUCGGGCCAAACAGAAAGAUGGGCGUGAACAGAGCGAGGCGUCGGCCGCCGCCUCUCCCGGGGCGGAGGAAGAGCCCUUCUCCUGGCCGGGGCCCAAAACGCUCCGUCUGCGGCGAACCUCGCAGGGCUUCGGCUUCACUCUGCGACACUUCAUCGUGUACCCGCCCGAGUCUGCCGUCCACAACUCACUGAAGGACGAUGAAAAUGGAAGUAGAGGGAGACAGAGGAACCGUCUGGAGCCAAUGGACACCAUAUUUGUCAAGCAAGUGAAGGAGGGAGGCCCCGCCCACGGAGCUGGACUCUGUACAGGGGACCGGAUCGUGAAGGUGAACGGAGAGAGCAUCAUCGGGAAGACGUACUCACAGGUCAUAGCCUUGAUCCAGAACAGCGAUGCCUCGCUGGAGCUCUGUGUGAUGCCAAAGGAUGAAGACAUUUUACAGCUGUUUUCCAGGGAUAUCACGGCUCUGGCGUAUUCCCAGGAUGCAUACCUCAAAGGGAAUGAGGCAUACAGCGGAAAUGCGCAGAACAUCCCGGAGCCCCCUCCCAUAUGCUACCCUCGGAUAGAGCUGAAGACCGCCGGCCCGGCCCAGACGUCGGAGCCGGGAAGGCGAGGGAUGGAAAUCCCCGUCUCUGCGUCUCCUCUGCAGGCGGCGGCGCGGGUCUGCGGCGAGAAUGUCAGGACUGACCCGGUGGACCGGGGGUCCCGGCUGGCUCGGGCCGGUCCCAGCCACAGGACGGAGGAGAACCGGUUCGCCGUUCCCGCAGACGCUCCGGCGGCCACCGCCUCCAACGCUGACACCUUACCCCCACCUGCGCGGGACGCCAUCUCGCCCAACCGCUGCUCGCCGUCCCCCAGCUCCCCCCACCAGCACAUCGACUGGAGGAACUACACCACCUACAAGGACUACAUAGACGCCAAGAGGCUGCACUCGUACGGCUGCCGCACCAUCCAGGAGCGGCUGGACAGCCUGAGGGCGGCGGCCGACCCCGCCUACUCUCAGCAACGCACCCCCCCUCAGAGGGGGGCUCUGGGCUCCCAGGUCAAACGGAGGAGCGUCUCUAACGAUCGUGGGGGGGACGCCGCCUGCGCCGGUACUGCCCCACUACGCAGCGCCUCUCAGGAGAGGCUGGGGGGCGGGGCUGAGAAGGCCAACAGGAACUGGCCUCGCAGCGCCUCCCAGGACGUCCUGCCCUUCUCCCCCGCAGUCCGAGUCCUCAAACCUCGAGCGCGGUCAUGUGACUACCUGAGCCAGCCGCCUGCCGACAAGGUGGCGGUGGUGGAGGAGAGGCAGAAAGCUUUACCUCACCUGCGCCAGAGUCUCGCCGUCCAGGAAGAGGAGGCGCAGAGGGGCGGGACGUCCAGCUCACCUGUAGCCACUGCAGAUCCUCCUGAAGGUACCACAGACUCCGCCCCCUCGUCCAGGACGGAGGGUCUCAUAUUGAGGCCCUCUCGUCUGCCUGUCAAAACCUCAGACGCUUCUCCCGCCAAAACUGCAGGCCCCCUUAAAGACCAAAGAGUGACGGGGAACCACCUGGACUACUCCCCCCCCCUGCACCUGCAGCUGCGGAGCAGAGCCGACAGCCUGAAGCUGGAGAACCGGGCCGAGUCGGGCCUGGGAGCCCGGUCUUCAUCCUGCUCCGGUGGAUCCUCAAAACCGCUGAGGCCGCCUCACAUCGGAGUCGUCACUGUCUCCUCCCGGAUCCCCCCCACCAGCAGAGCCCAAAAGCCCACCUCUAGCUCCGCCCAGGCACUUUUCAGGACUAACCACGGCUCUGCAGACGGCGUGGAAGGACCCGACGCCACCGUGGUGGUCCUCAGGAAGGACAGGAACUUCGGAUCCGCCUCCCCGCGGCCUCCGUCCUACGUCUUCGCCGUCAACGACAACAAAGAGGAGGCGGCUUACAAAGCCCCCCCGCUGGUGAAGGCGGGCUCUGCAGACGGCGCCGUCUGCUGGAUGUCUGCGGACAGCUGCAGGGACCUGCACCUCCGAGGUCUGGGAGAAAACCGGCACAAAUCCGGAUCCACCAACCUGGAUAAUUCUCUGGAUUCAAUCCCGUUCAUAGACGAACCCUCCAGUCCCAGCCUCGACCUGGACAGCACGCACAUCCCCGCCUCCGUGGUCAUCUGCGGGACGCCCGCCAUCACCACCAUCCCGCCCAGCCCCACCUCCUCCUCGCCGCUCAUUCGCCGCCAGCUGUCACACGACCAAGAUUCUUUCCGUCUCACAAUUGUCGAGUCAGAUUCGGGUUCUAAAACCGAGCGGUCCAAGUCGUACGACGAAGGUCUGGACAACUAUCACGACGGCAGAGGGAGAUCUUUGAUACCAGGCCUGAAAGGUUUGAGGAAGGCGAUAGACCGCUCCUCGGAGGAUUCCGGCUCCCGGGGAGACUCGUCGUCCGACGUCUUCUGCGACGCCACCAAAGAGGGUUUCCUGCAUUUCAAGCAGCUUCACACAGACAAGGGAAAGCGUGUGGGAGGAGGCAUGCGGCCGUGGAAGCAGGUGUACGCCGUGCUGAGGGGUCACGGCCUCUGCCUUUACAAGGACAGAAAAGAGGGACAAGCUCACGCCAGCUGCCAGACGGCGGAGGAGCCGCUGCAGAUCAGCAUCAAGGCCUGUCUGAUCGACAUCUCCUACAGCGACACCAAGAGGAAGAACGUCCUGCGGCUGACCACGUCCGACUGCGAGUACCUGUUCCAGGCCGAGGACCGCGAGGACAUGCUGGCCUGGAUCAGGGUCAUCCAGGAGAACAGCCACCUGGAUGAGGAGAGCGCCGUCUUCAGCAGCCAUGACCUCAUCAGCAGGAAAAUCAAGGAGUACAACACCCUGAUGAGCCCAACAGGCAGCAAGAGCGAACCCUCGCCCAGAACGUCUCGCCAGUCGCUGAGCAUCAGACAGACGCUGCUGGGAGGAAAAGGAGACGGCAAAACUCCAAGUCCUCAAUCCCCCAAAGCUGACGUGGAGAAGAGGAGCAUGCUCAAAGACGACACCAGCCCCCCCAAGGAUAAAGGGACGUGGAGGAAAGGCCUCCCGGGACUCAUGAGGAAGCCGUUCGAGAAGAAGCCGUCCGCAGGCGUCACCUUCGGAGUUCGGUUAGACGACUGUCCUCCGGCACACACCAACAAGUUUGUGCCUCUGAUUGUGGAGGUUUGCUGCAAGCUGGUGGAGGAGAGAGGUCUGGAGUACACCGGCAUCUACAGAGUCCCCGGCAACAACGCCGCCAUCUCCAACAUGCAGGAGGAGCUGAACAACAAGGGCGUGAGCGACAUCGACGUGCAGGACGACAAAUGGAAGGACCUGAACGUGAUCAGCAGCUUACUCAAGUCCUUCUUCCGUAAACUUCCAGAACCGCUGUUCACCAACAGGAGGUACGCGGACUUCAUCGAUGCCAACAGGAUCGAAGACCCGGUGGAGAGGCUGAAAGUUCUGAAGAGGCUGCUGCACGAGUUACCGGACCAUCACUACGAGACGCUCAAGUUCCUGUCCGCUCAUCUGAAGACCGUCGCUGAAAACUCUGAGAAAAACAAGAUGGAACCGAGGAACCUCGCCAUCGUGUUCGGCCCCACUCUGGUCCGGACCACGGAGGACAACAUGACCCACAUGGUGACCCACAUGCCGGACCAGUACCGGAUCGUGGAGACGCUGAUUCAGAGCUACGACUGGUUCUUCACAGACGACGGGAACGGAGAUCCGGUGACGGUUUCGCGGGAGGAGAGCGCUGUGGAGUCUCAGCCCGUCCCCAACAUCGACCACCUGCUCACCAACAUCGGCCGCACCGGAGCGUCGCAGGGCGAAGUGUCAGAUUCUCCGGCUAGUGACUCUGCUAAAUCAAAGGUGAGUGAAGGGUCUGGGCGGGACCCGGUCAGCAGAGAGCUGCUGGUGUCCUCCAUCUUUGCUGCCGCCAGCCGCAAACGAAAGAAGUCAAAGGAGAAGGCGCAGCCUAGCAGCUCCGACGACGACCUGGACCCCGCCUUCGCCGCGCUGAGGUCCAGCCAGGCCGAGGCGGCGCCCGACGGCGGGCGGGAGGCGGCGGAGCUGGCGUCCAAAGCCAAGCACAGGAACUCCUUAUUCAUCAAGGAGACUCCGCCCACACAGCCCUCCCCCAACGUCAGCAGGACCGCCCGCCAGGGGAGGAGCUCCCUGUCGGACCCGCCCUCCCAGCCGGACGAGAACACCUCCGACCUCGGGACCAUGAGCUCCGGCGCCUCCGUGCCGCGCUCCCGCCCUAAGAAGUGGACGGCCGGAGGCUCGCCGGACCUGCUGGUCAACCUGGGGGCGUCGCCCAGAGCAGAGGUGAGCUCCAUCACCUCCGACUACUCCACCACCUCCUCCAACACCUUCCUGACGGGGGCGGAGUCCAGCGUGCUCAGCCCGGAGCUGCAGCCGGGCGAGGACGCCGACGACGAGCGCAGCGAGCUGGUCAGCGAGGGCCGGCCAAUGGAGACGGACAGCGAGAGCGACUUCCCCGUCUUCGGCACCGCCCAGUCCACCCCCCACCCAGAGCCGGACAGGAAGGAGCAGCGGGGGGCCGCCGCGGCGCCCAAACUGGAAGCUCGGCGCCUCUUCCCGUCCCAGAGGAUGAUCGAGGGCGACACGCUGUCCCGGCGGUGGUCGCUGCGGCAGAAAACCGACAGCGACUCGUCGGCAGAGGGCGCCGCGGGCAGCGAGGGGCGCCCCGAGGCCGCCACGCGGCUGUCCCGGGUCCUGGAGGUGAUGAAGAAGGGGCGGUCCUCCAGUAGCAUCAGCUCGUCCUCGCGCAGCGAGUCGGACCGCGCCGAGCCGGCCUGGCACCUGAAGAUCACGGAGCGGCUGAAGCUCCGCCUCCGCUCGUCCGCAGACGACAUGCUGGCGCCACGGAGCCGGCCAGCCGAGGCCCGUGGCAAGAAGAGGAGCAUCCGGCGCCGCCACACCAUGGGGGGGCAGAGGGACUUCGCGGAGCUGGCCGUCAUCCACGACUGGCGGGAGCAGGGCGGGGGCGACGGCGCCGCCGACCUGUCCGCCCUGGACCGCCUCAAACCCCGGUGCUCCUCUCAGGACUUCUCCAUCCGGGACUGGAUCGCCCGGGAGCGCUGCCGAGGCCCCGAGCCCAGCGCCGCCGUGGCGCCCAAAGCCCUCCCCGAGGACGACCCCGCCGAGGCUCAGGGCGCCGCUCCGGCGGGGGAGCAGGUGAACGGCGGCGCGCCUCAAAACAAAAACAAAGCGUCGGCGGGGACGGACCCCCACCCCCACAAACUGUCAGGAGCACAGGUGGUCCGGUCCCGGUUCUACCAGUACCUGUGAGGAUCCUGCUGAAUGAAUGUGGAGAGUAUUUUUCUACAGAGGUUUCUGGACUGGCGAGAGGAGGCGGAGCCUCUCGUGAAGAAUGUAUGCGUGGACUCGUCCUGCGGCUGCGUUCUGAGCUGGCUGCUGCGGGAAGUUCCCUUUUCCACAGCAGCGCUCCUACAGCCAGAUGUUAGCCGACCGCGCCGGACGACAGGAAUGCUGCAGCAUGGAAUGCUGGGUACUGUAGUUCAUCCCCAAACGUUGUCCAGUUAUCAUCCAAACAAGUUUUUACAUGUCGUUUCUAUCUUCAAGGAAAAAGUGCCUCCUUCAUUGUUUUUUUAUGAAUCUGGUUUU